AUGGUCCACAUUAUUGAUAUGUAUACUGUGCGGAUGCCGAUAGAGUUGAGAGCAGUUCGCGAUAAGGACUUAUUAUGUCAUAUCAUUAACAACAUUCGUUCUCUUCAGAAGCAAGUUUCCAAGUUGAAAGCGGAAAAGAAGCAGGUGGAAAAUGAACGCGAUGAAUUGAAGUGCAUGGUUGACGAUCUGAAGGAAUUCCGUUUGAAAGCUGAUCAAAGGUUAUCGGAACUAGAACAAAGAGCAAAGGACGCCGAGAAACGAGCAGCAGAUGAGACUUUGCGUAGAGAAGAGUUUGAACAAGACCUCCAGGUACUUGUUAGUCUUGCGGCAGAACUGCUAUUGUUGAUUAGUGCCAUGGAGCCAUCGGAAGGUCCUGUCCUUGACCAGCUCGGGCUCAAGUACGAUUUUUCUUCAAUAAGGAGCAUUCACAUACGACAAAUGAGGAACUUUCCACCAAUUUUUAGCCACGAGUUCGUCAUCCAAAAUCAUGGCGAUAUCAUGAGCUGUGUACUCAUGGUAUUCAUCGUUGGCCUCAUGUUUCCUCUGUCGGCAUCGAUGUGCUCAGUUUUCGUGGCUCCUCAAUACAACGAAACCGUCAACAUCACAUCCGAGCUGGGUUUGUUUUAG